GCAGGAGGGGGCAGCUGUCCUUUCUUCCCUCCAGCUCGGUAAAAAUUUAAUUGUUCAUGAACAGGCUUCUCCACAAGCUGAAUCAAUAUCUAUUAGAUGAGAAAGUUGAAGUCUAUGUUAGAUAUAAACUUAAUUUUGUAUCAAAGUAUUGCAAACCACUAAAUUAUCAAUUAAGAAAGCAUCUCGUGCAAUAUUUGCAUCAAGGUUUCAAAAAAGUAGUUUUCCAUCCUCAAAUCAUCGUAGAAAACUCUUGUUGAAUGGAUGAGACAAUAAAAAUGGAAUAGAAAAUAUCAAGCAUAGGGAAGUAGAUAAUUUGUGAAUCUUCCAACAAAAAAAAUGUUGAAGCUGCCCCCUCCGUUUUGAGCUGGGUACGCCCUUGAAUAUUAUUCAUACUUGUCAGUUUCAGAUUAAAAUCUAUCUCUGAGAGGUUAUUUUCGAUAUAAAGAAUUUUUUAUCAAUUUGGAAAUGGAAUUAUAAUCAAUUAUUUGAAAAACAAUGCUUCAUCACAAGGGUCAAAUCGUUGUACAUUUCCCUUUAUAAAAAACGGAUGAUAUAAUAGAAAGCUUUACUAUCUCGUAUGAAUUUAUAUAACAAUGAAAUAUAUUGUGGUACUAGUAGUUUGUUUCCUAGGAGCACAAGCUGUAAAAGAAGACGACAUAACCUACCACUUUCACAACAGGACAACAAGCAACUAUGAGAUAAAGCAUAACCAGUUGAACCGAAUAGCUGGUUUCGAUUUCACCAAACCAUCAUUCAUAUUGAUACAUGGAUGGCACAGUGCUUCAAACUCACCAUUUGAUGGAGAAAUCGUAAAGGCGCUUUUGAAAGAGCAUGAUGUCAACGUCAUAGUAGCAGAUUGGAGCCCAAUUGCUAAGGAUAUUUACAUAGUUGUAAAAUUCAAUGUCCCCACCGUCGGGAAAUACGUUGGAUAUGUAAUCAACAACAUAACUGAAAAGUAUGGACCUAUCGAGAAAAACCUUAGUUUCGUUGGCCAUUCAUUAGGGGCUCACGUAGCUGGUGUGGCAGCAAGGUAUUUAGGCAACAAACCUGACCUUAUUGUAGGUCUAGAUCCAGCAUUUCCUUUCGUCAAUAUCAAAGAUGAAAAUUACGCUCUAUGUAAAGCUGACGCUAAGUUUGUGCAAGUCAUCCAUAGUGGUAUCAUAGCUGGUAUUCAUGCACCUGUGGGCCAUGCAGAUUAUUUUCCUAACGGAGGAUUUAUACAGCCCGGAUGUGGCAUAAAUAUUGAAUGUUAUCACAAAAGAUCACAUUAUUAUUAUGCAGAAUCUUUGAAGAAUAACAAAUUUUGCGCUCAUAGUUGCGCCGGCUACUGGAAGUUCAAAUUUGGGCACUGCAAUGACAGCAAAACAUCACUUAUGGGAGGAUAUCCAGUUGACGAAAGUGCUAGUGGAAAAUAUUACUUGGACACAAAUUCAAAAUCACCUUAUGGAAGAGGACCAUGUGGAAGCUUCGGGGAUGACAUAUCCAAGAAAGAAGAGUCCAACCAAAGAGAUAUGUAAUAUGUAUUUAUUGCAUCAUUGACAUUACAACAUAGCAUUAAAAAUACGGUGCAAAUGGCGGAAUCUUGCCAUUGGCCGAUCUACUCAACCAAUAUUUUAAAAUAUAAAAAAGUGUAAAUGAAGUAUCUAGUAUAAUACUAUAAACUAUAAAAAUGUCUGUUGCGGUAUACGUGAAUAAAUUAACUGCUUCUAAAGGUGUUGAAAAUAUAUUGUUUAAAUAGAGAAUUUAAUUUAUGAUGAUUUGCUUAAGAGCGCUGAAGCAUGGCUGUGCGAUGUCUUCGUAUGGAUAAUGUGCUCGUAUAGCUUAAAUUUAAAUCAUGAAGGCUAUCAAGACAAUUGUAGGAAUGACUCACGAUACGGCUCUUAGUCUAUGAGUAGACCCAAAUGUUUGCAUACAUCAUUGAGUUUUAAAUCUUUGCUGUAUAUUUUCAGAUCCAGGCUUGCUUUUCGAUGUAUCUGCUUUUCUGGCAAAGAAAUACAAUUUUUGAUUUUCAAGAAUGUUCAAUGUUAAUUUGCUAUAGAGCAACUAUGGUACAAAAAUGAUUCCUUACAAAAACUCGGUGUGUUGAAGUUUUAGGAAAAAAAUGGAAAUUAAUUAAUAUUUUCAGAACCGCUUCAGAUAUUUCCCUGAUAUUUAGUACGUAGUGAAAGUUAAUAAAGUUGCAUAUUUUUCAAUGUAAAUAUUAUUUUUAGCUUUAACAGUGGCGUGCGUACGGAUAUUGACUUCGAUAUUUUUUAACAAAAAAAUGGUACGCCAAUGGUUUUCUACCAGAUAAAAAUUAUUUUUGAAUUCCCCGUUCAAUUUAAAACAAAUGAUCUCUCUCGAAUUGUUUUUCUUCGAUGCGCCUUUUUUGAGUAAAAAAAUAAAAACCGUUCUAUUGUCUAAC